AUGGCGGCAUACUCUACCUUCUCAACGAUCCUCUUGCCAAAAGAUGCUGCGAGCAUACAAGCCUACCUAGAAAGCGACCUUCUGAAGGUGUGCUACUCCCUCUCUUUCCACACCUCUCUCUGUCCCUUCCUCUGUCUUUCCAUCCGCUCUCUGAGUCCCUCGUUUCAUCUCUCUCUCUCUCUCUCUCUCUCUCUGGCCCUCUCUCUGUCCUUCACGCGCGCCCUUCUCUAUCUUCCUCUUCCCACUGUGCGCUCUCUCUCUCUCUCCCUCUCUCCUCGGUAUUUGUCUCCUGUUAGUUUCUAUGAGUCAUGCAUCUUGAUGUUAAAAAGUAUGUUCAAUGACAAAGGUAUUUCAUAUUUUGCUAUGGCUUAACUAUAUUUUUCUUUCGAUAAAAAAAGUCUAUAAAAAAUUGGAGAUCAAAAGAAUAAUUUUUAGUUCAUCUUGUUGUUAUGAAGAAAAGACUCAAAAUAUAAAAAACCUAAAUUUGAAAGAGAACUAUCGAACCACGUCCAUGUUAUUUUACUCAUGCUUGCACCAUAGUAAUGAUACUGUAAACUACUCUUUCACCAUUUUUGGUACAUAGCUAUUGGAACAACUACAACCUGUUGGAUUUUCUACAACUAGAGCUCAUCAAAAAAAGAAGAGCGAAUUUAGUUAUUUUCUUGACUUACAAAUCAAACAAUAACUUAAUAACUAAUUAAAAUUCAAAAUCAAUGGGCUUCAUCGAAUAGUAAAUCAUGAUUCCAAAUCUCAUAUUCAAGAAGGCUAUGACACGUUAGGUGAAUUGGGUUUAAUUUUAUUCACAAGUGUGUUGUCAUUGACUACUUUUAUUCAUACCCAUUCUAAGUGCAUUUCAACUAGGGAGAUAUAAAAAUUAAGUUGGUAUCUACAAAUCUCCAACAGUAACAACGAAAGGGGAAUGAAGCAAGAGAAGAGAAUCUAGAGCCCUAAAAACCCUUGUUCUUAUUCUCAAUAAAAUAGUUUACAUCAAGGCUGCUAAUUACACCAGCUAUCUAAUGCAAAUGAUGAAUUGAAUCAAUCUUAAUUAGUUUGAUUCAGUUUGUACUGACAAGUAAAAGAAUAGAAGAAAAAAAGAAAAAAAUAUACAAUAUUUUGACACAACCCCCUCAAAUUGGUAAUGCAUAUCAUCCCCUUUCUAAGUUGGGCACAUGUGGUUGAAAAUUAGCACUAUUCAAGUCAUUGGCUAAUAUAUCAACAACUUUAUCACUUGAAAACACAUAUGGUAUAAGAUCAGAGUACUCUCCAAUUUCUCGUUCCAUAUGAUUUUGAUCAAACUAAAGUUCAUUGAUGUCCUGAAGCUGCGGUGUUCUCUAAAAUCUUGAAGUCACUCAAUAUAAACAGAUCAAACAAACUAGAGAAUAGAAAAAAUAGAACAUGAACCAACUCUUAAUCAUACCAAAAACUACAGAAACUAGUGUAGAAAAUACAUGAACAAGUAAUUCAUGAUAGCAGAAGAUGGAUGAAUCAAUUGUUCAUGACACCAAAGAACUAUAGAUGCUCGCAAAGGCUUGAUGGCCGUAGAGAUGAGAUUCAAUGUAAAUAGAAUAAACCAAAGGAAUGAUCAUACUUAGAGUUCUGAUACCUAGUGAUCACACUUAGUUCUGAUAGUUAUCAAGAUCCGAAAAUCUCCAAUCUAUCUCCAACAACAAUGACAAUGGAAAAACAAGACAGAAGAAGAAUAGUCAAAGCCCUAAAUAUUCUUUUUCUCAUUCUCAAAGAAAUAUUAGCAUUGAUAUUUAUUCCAACUCACUUAUACAAAGGAUGAACCAAAUUCAUUUGGAGCAAUUUAGUUCAGUUUGUAAUGACGAAAAAGAAAUCACUUAUACAAAGGAUUGAUUGUGCCAUCACUUUUUGUAAGAAGCAAGUUGACUCAUACAUUGACUCACAUUGUGUAAACAAGACUUAAUCUUAGUAAACAUUGAGGCUAAAUAAAAUACAUAGGAGAUAAAGUCGUAUAACACUAAAAAAUUAGUCCUCAUACACUUUUCACACGGUAACUGAAAUAGUAGGAGGAAAGUAUUGAAAAUUAUUUUCUAACCAUGUUAAGCUCUAGAUAUUGGAUUUUAGGCCACACAGAUUAAAAGUGAGAUGUUAAAUUGAUUGGAUCUUAGUUUUAACUUUUGUCAACUCUUUUACAUUGCUUGAUUUAUUUUCUUUGAUCUUGAAUCAAAUGGCUUCUUAAAUCUCUAUUUAAUUUUUUUUAUAGUGAUUCAACCCCAUGCUUACUUUUCAUCUUCAAGAACACCUUGUUCUUGGGUUUCACUAAACUAAAUAUUUAGUCAUAAUAACUACUAAUUAAUGAACUCAGCUCACAUAAAAUUUCUUUCAUAAUUCUUUAAUAGAUUUAUGGCUCUAUAAAUCACACUAUGCAAUAAACUCCCUAAAUGAUUAUAUUCAUAUCUAAUCACAAGGUUUCCUAUAAAAAUAAAGAUGAAUUACACUAAGAAUUAUUAUUUUCAAAUGUUGAUAUUAAUUUAGAGUGCACUUAAAAUUUCAAUGAAAAUGAAGUAAAGUUAUUUUUGACUAUUAUUCUACUCUUUACAUAAACCCUAAACUAACUAAAUGUUGAAGACAUUGACAUUUCAAUAAAGUUGAGAAUGAUUGUUCCAAUUGGCUCUUGUUUCUCAACUUGUUGAUUUAUCAACAGUAACUUGAGCUUCUAAGACCACUCAAGUUCUUUUAAUUUCUUUUCAGAAAAAUGUUACAAAAAUCUUGAGAUGUUAGUGUGUGGAUGCAUUUGGUGUUGACACACGCAUAGUGUUUUAACAUAUAAUAUGAAAAUUUUAUUUAUUAAUUAUUCUUAAAUGAGACAAAACUUAAUUCAUCUAUAUGCAUCAUGAUUCUUUCUAUCACGAGACAAAUUCAAUCACAAACAUUCAAAUCUUUUACAUUGAUGAUGUUAUGCAUAAUUCUAUGGUUAAUAAGAAAUUCAAGUAGUCAUGUCAUUUAGAUAUUAUUUUGUAUUGUAGUAUAACAAAAUAUUUUAUUGAAUAUAAGUACAACAUAACAAGUGCCAAGAUGUGUGACAAAGACAUGUAUAGUUUGAAAAACCAAAGUCACUAAUGAUAUUCAAAUGUAACACAUGAUCAAUGUGAAAAAUGAAGCAUCAAGGUAAACAUGUCUAAUAUAUCAAAAAAAUAUUAUGAUAGACAUGGGAUUCGAACUCAAAAAGUAAACUGCAUGAAAGUAGAAAAAUGAUAGCCACAUCAUUCAAAUCAAAGCAUAGGGAAAAUUUGAAUUUAGAGCAUUGUAAUGACACAUGAAAGAUGGUGAGAAUAUUCAAAAUAAAAAUAAACGAUUAAUGAGUAAAGUAAGACUCAAAUUCAUGACUAAUAUGACAUCUGAGUUGGAGCGUUUGAAUUAAGUGAAGAAAGAGGCAAAUAAAUUAUUACCACAUAACUUACAUGGUGACUUGUCAAAUUUCUACAUAGAUAAAAUGAUAAAGUGGAAACGACCAAGCUUUAGCCUAAUAUCAAAAAUAAAAUUAAUUAUUGAAGUUACACAUAUCUCUAUAUAAAAGUUUCAAAGACUAUUUGUGAGAGACCUAUAUGUUUUGAAGUGAAUGAAGACUUAAAGUUAACCUCUCACACUCUAGAUGAUAACACAUCAUUAAUGUAUGUGGACUAAAUAAUAGGCUUAACAAUAAUAUCCUAGCUUGACCAUAAAGGUAAGUAUGUACAUUAAGGACAUCAUACCUACAAAAAAAAAGAUAUGAGCUGAAGUAUGACUGAAGGUCAAAAGCAUGUAUUCUAGAUGAUAAAUCGUCAGAAAAAAAUGUGGACUAAAGAUAAGUCAAACAAUCUUCUUUGAGUAGAAUACAUAUAUGAUUCUAAAGCUGAAGCAUGUACAUAUAUGUAUUCUAGAAUACUUGAUAUUUCUUAAAGAAGAAAUAUUCAUCAAUCAAGUAUGAAUCUUUAGACAAAAUAUUAUGAACGUCUAUCACCGAAGUUGAAAUCUUAGAAGUAAAAAGUAAUUGAAGGUCACUAGAGUAUUGAUGGAACAAUGGGAAAGUACUAAAACUUAUAUGAUUAUUUUCAAUACUAAAGUGACAUAGAUCUUUUGUAGCAUAAGUAGAGUGAGAUAAAAAUAUUAAAAUUAUAUGAUCAUCCAUAACACUUACAUGAGCUAAAAAAAAGGAUUCAUUCAACAUUCUACAACAAAAUGAGUACAGACUUUAAAGAAAGAAUAAAAGCAUCAUCCUAAUUGAUCAUCUAUGUCAUACUAUUCAUUAAAUAACUACAUUGAAGGUUGUCUCUCUCUAUUAGACCCUAGGAUAAUCUAGGUGGUGAGUGGAGAAAGGGUAAGCCUAAAGCACGUGGUGUUGAGAGUUAGAAUCCACUCGUGGAGGGUGUUAUCCUUUAAUGAGAAGUGUAUCUUAACUUAUUCAUGCGGUGCUAUGAGUCAAAAUCUGCCCUUGAGGGGUGAUAUUUUUGCAGAGAUUAAAUUGUUGUGUUGAGAGAGUUGAGCUCAAGAAGUUAACUAUAUUUCUACUAGAAAUAAUGAAAAUUCAAAAAGAAGAUCCUUUAAUAAUAAAUGUAACCCAAGGAAUGGUGAACCAAUAUAAAGUCUUUAUAUCCACCAUCAUUAGGAGUGAGAGAGAAAAAAAUCAAAAGUAACCACAGAAUGAAGAUAAAAACAUUAAAUUGAGUCAAAGAUAGAUUUCAUAGACUAUAUUAUAAUUUGUGUUAACACAUUUACACACAAGUAGAAAAUGUAGGAAAUCAAUUAACCCUCCUUUAGUACCUCACUUUGCCACACAUAACCUAAGAGAGGGGUCAUCAAUGAUUGUUCAUAAUUAAUUAGUUAGAGAUGUACUAAAUUUAUGGAUAAUUUAUAUUUUAAAACUUCUAUUAUUUUCUAUCAUCUCUCAAUAUGAAAUUUAAAGAAUUAAAUUUUUAAUAUGUCUGAAACUAAUAUGGCAUGUAAGAGUUAGAUAUCUUUUAAGAUAAAUUAAUAAGUGUAGACCUUAAAUGAUCACAACUAUACCCAAAAUUUAAUAGUUCAAGUAAGCCCAAUAAUGAUUCAGUAUGGUUAAAACAAGACAUUGGAUCAUGAUCCCAAUAUGCACUUUAAUAAAUUUUGGUGAUAUAGAGCAUUUUAAAAAUUAAUCCUUUUUAUUAUUAUAAAUUCCCCAAAUAAUUGAAUAAGUACUUCAAAUUCAACAUAUUAAUUGGAUGUCAAUAAUAUUUGAAAUAAUGAUUUCUCAUUACAAGCAUCUAGUAGUCUGAAUAAAGUUUCAUACUUGUAUUUUAAUUUAAUUUAAGUAUGAAAUUCAUUACAUUCUAUUACUUAUAGCUUUCUAAAUCUUAAAAAUUCUCACAAAAAUAUAGGAAGUAAUAAUUUCAAAUAGUAACAUAAUCUAAAUUCUAGAAUUCAACAUUAUGAGAUUCAAAUGUAUUCAUUUAAUUCUAAUUUGGAUAUUUAACAUUAUUAGUCUAAAUCCUUCUUAAAUUUUACAUUCAAUUAAAUUCAUGUAAAUAUAGAAAAAAAGUAUUCAAUCAUAUAUCAUGCAUAAAGAGUGAGUAUCAUAAUUCUAUCUAUUAAUUGGCAUCGUGUAUACUUAUCAGAAUAAAAAAAUAUUAAUUAAUACUCUAACUCUAAAAGAAGAGGAAUAUGAAGUUUUAAAAUGUGAUAAAGUGAAAUUCUCUUAAAGGCAACUGACUUGUACUAAUUGGUUAUUUACAAGAUUUCUAACUUGUAUUAAUUGGUUAUUUACAAGAUUUAUAACUUGUGCUAAUUGAGAUUGCAAUCAAAAUAAUAAUGAGGAUGCUAUUCAUCUUAUAGCCUAAUAUUAUACUUGAGAUAUAAUUUUUAUGAUUUAUACACAAUGAAAAUUAUCAACUACAUAAUUGACCCUACUAUUAGAUAAUGCAAUAGUUUGACACUAUUUACACAUUGCGAUAUUAAGCAUCUUUCAAGAAGUAUACCAAAGAUACUUAUCCCUUUCUAUUGUCUAUUUUUUUAAAAAUUAAAGUCACAAAAUCUAACUAAUUUAAAUUUCACUACUCUACAAAAAAAAUAAAAUAAAAUUGAUUGUGAAAUAUAAUUCAAAUCAUUUUUCAUGAAAAUAUAGAGCAAAGGAAAACAAUACAUAAGGUAAUAUAUCUCAUCAUAACCAAGAAAAAAGGAUUUAACCAUUUAUUUAUGCUUUUUUGAUAAAUUAGUUUUAAAUUUUCAUCAAAAUUAAUUUGUAACUAAAAUUUGUGGUCUUUGAUCUCAAUUAUGUCAAAUUACUUAACCAGUUUAUGAGUAUAUUUUGAUUGUAAAAUAAUGAAUUUUAUCAUAUAUUGGUGUAGGAAGUAAAUUGAAGUUCACCUAGAUUGGUCAUUGACUUUGCUAAAGACAUUAGCACUUCUAGUAAAUCCUAAAAACAAAAAUUGUCUUAAGAGGUACAUAUGAAUAAAUCAAGUGUUUGAGAUAUUGGAAUUUGAAGUUUCAAUUUGAAGGAGGGAUUGCUUCUCAUAUAGAUGCAAGCACAGCUAUAAUAUGUUUUUCAUUGAAAUCUUGAUUAAACCAAUUGUAAUAUGGAUAAUUUUGAAAAUUAAGCAUUAUUUUACAUCACUAAAACAUUUAUAAUAAUGAUAAAUUUUUUUUCUCUAAACUAAAAUACUAUAAGGGGCUAUUAGAGAGAUGUGAUCUACUAAGAAAGAAAGAAAAUAAAACACAAAUAAAUACAAAAAUAAAAAUUGAUAAUUAUCUUUAUUAGAAAAUAUAUAGAGGAGUCAUAAUCUUUUUUUAUUUCAUUUCAAGAAACCAAUAGAUAAUAUUUCAUGUCUAUUUAUGUGUAAUAUUUUAAAGUUAUCAUAAAAAAAUUACAUAUGAAAAUAAGUAUUUCUUUUAAAACAUAUAGCUCAUACAAUUGAUUUAGAAAUUUUAUCUCCUAAUUAGUGUGAAAUGAAUCUAGUUGCAUACUAUGAUUUUGAUUUCACUAAAACUUUGGUAAACAAUAUAAUUAUAUGAAUCAGUUUUAAUGUUACAUUUCUUGGGCGCCUAAGAAAUAAGUAAUAGUAGCUUUGUUCAUGGUUGAAGUAGUGUAUAUAGUUGUUAGAAUACAUAAAAUCUCAAUUAUGUGUAAUAAUACAUGUAUAAUUAAUUCAACUGAAAAACUAAUAAUUUACUCUAAAUAAAACAUACUGAUACUAAACAUUGGUCAUGCUUUAAAUUUAUUUAUAGUGAGUGAGAAUCAAUGGAAAAAUAUGUCAACUAAAAUUUUAAGUAAAGAACCAUUUUUCUAAAAUGUGUAAUUGGAAUGUGUAUCAAAAGAGGGAUAUGUAAUUCAAUUUCAAACUAGUUAUUAAAGUUAUAAAAAUAUUUUUUAAUAUUUAAUAGUUAAUAUUAAUUCAGAUUCUUUUUAAUUUAAUGGUUGUGUUCAUGUGUGAAUAUUUUUUAGUAGACAUGAAUUCAUUUUUUUUAUGAAUUGUGUUUUGAGUAGAGUAGUAAAUGUCUUAUAUGAUUAUAUUGAUUAAUAAAUGAGGAUAUAAGUAGAUUUUAUUUUUUUUGUUUGGCAAGUAUAUGCCUUAUGAGAAGAGAAGAUACAUAUGAAAAUAGAGACUCAAUUUUACUCUUUGAAGAAAAUAGGCCAAUGAUCAAUUAUAAGGGGAACCAAUUCCUUGACCACACCAAAUCAUUUCUAUGUUGUCAGCCAAAUUUCUAUAAUUUUAUUCUACAGAAGAGCUUGUCAAUACAUGGAACUAUCACACAAAACUUGACUUAACACAUUGUCAAAUUUCAUUCAUCUACAUGUGUAUGAAUAAAAGUUGAUUCACAUCAUCAAUUCAUAUCCCAUUCAUCACUGACCAUGUUUAUUUAGAAUUAAAACUCAAAAUAUUAAAUUUGAAUCAUAGAUUCUCUAUUAUGUAUACUUAUACCUACCUAUAAUGUGAAUCAAGCCUUGAAAAUUGUCAUCUCUUGGUAAAUUUUGAAAUCUUUUGAAAAUGGAAUAAUCUUUUAAAAUCAAGCUUUUGUCAUUCCUCAAUUUUUGUUUGGAUCUUAAGAGACAUCAACUUCUGAUUUCUUAAAUUAUAUAUCAUUAUUAUCUUUCUAAAUCAUAAAUCAAUUAUCAGAUAUUUUAACUCAAACUGAUUUAUAAGUAUACCUUUAAGAGACACUAACAAGUCUUAUGAACAUCCAUCUCCUUUGAAAAAUUGUGAUUCAGAAAUUGUCAUAAAAAUUACAUCUGAUGAAGAAUAAAAUACUCAAGAAAUAGUACAAGGCAAAUCAUCAUGAAAUGAUUUCAACCAAUACUCCUAGAGGUACUUAAGAUUUCAGCCAUCUCUCAAAAAGUUAUCAUUUUCAAAUCAAACAAAAAGCUUUAACAAUACUCCUAGAGGUACUUAAGACUUCAUUGUGUCACCACAUGAUGCAUAAUUUAUUCUAAAUUUCUGAUCAAGUCUUGUGAUCAUUCAUACAUAUCAAAUGGAACAUUUCUUAUUGGAUUUAAAGGUAGUAUUUAUCAUGUCACUUGAUAUAUCAUUGCUAAAUUAUUAAAAAAAAUGUAAAGAAUGAACUACAUUCAAUAUUUUCGGAAUAAAUGAAGUUUUACUUUAAUUACCAAGAGUUAAUUUCAAUACAACAUACCAUUUUCAUAACCAAUUUCAAAAAUUUAUGUAUAAAUUUCUCUAAAAAUUCUUAUCACCCAUACUUACAUCACACUAACUAAUCAUUUAUCCCUAACUAUUUUUUCAAAAGGGUAACACAUAAAAUCAUAUAAGUAAUUAUUUUUUGAAUGUAGGAAUAUCUUUUAAACAUUAACCUCCUUCAUUUUUUUAACACUGAUCUUUGAAAACAAAAUCCUAAGUCAAGAAGGGAGCAUUGAAUUGAUCAAAUCCUAUACAUGUUGAAUGCACUACUUAGAUUAAGAAGUAUUGAAUUGAUAAAAUCCUAAUUUAAACUUUUAAUCAACUGUUCUACUUUUUUUAUCUUCUAUAUAUGAUUUUAAAUCAUUUUAAACUUCCCAAAUAUAAAUAUAUAAUACUCAAAUAUUUUGAUAGAUUUCUGAUCAUCAACUCGAUCUCUUCUUAUUAUUUGACCAAGCUGCAAAGGCCAUUCAUUUUGCAUAUAAAAUUGUGUAAAAAAUUCAUAGAAACAAACUUGAGUAGUAGAGAGUUCAUAGAUAAUCAUCUAAAAUUGAUUAUAUAUUAGAGAAAGGCUAAUUGUUUUAGAGAAUUUUGAUUCGAAAGCUUCCUCUAGUUUUCUUUCAUUUCUUAAUGUUAAAAUUAGAUAUAAGUUCGAACAAUUUCAAAUGAAUAUGACAUCCCAUUUAAGGAUCGAAUAUCAUUAUGUUAUCCAUCAAGUAUUAUCAUAUACAUCUCCAAAAGUUAAUACUUCAAAUCUAUUUAAGAAGAAUUCAUUAUCAUUAGAAUAAAAUUGAUAAUACACAUCUUAGUAAAUUAAUUAUUUUGAAUUUGAAAUUAAUUUCAGUUUUGUAUAAUAAAGUGUGAAGGGCAAAUUGAGUGGGAAUCAAAUUGUAUUGAUCAAGCUAACUUAUAAUAGAAUACUAGAGGUAAGGCCAGCUUGUAUAUUCAUGGACCCACAUGAGAGAUUUUGAAUGGGCCAAAAAAUAUUGGGGAAGUUUUACAUUUGUGUUGCAAGUGAGAGACUUCAUUUUGUAAGGGUCCAAUCUUAAAUAUAUGUUAUCAUUUACUUGGAAUUCAAUUAGGCGAUGGUGACAAUAAACCUUGCAUUUCAUCUAGUUCUAAAAAUUCUAUAGAUGUGAUUUGAGUGGGCAGAGGAUAUGAUCACAUUCUAGUAAUUGUUGAUCCACAAUUGAUGGGGGAUAAGGGAAGAGUCCUUAUUUGAUGAUUAUGGGAAGAUCAUACCCAUAAAUCAUUUUGAAUGGAGUCUAUCAAUAAAUGAAGUGCAAGUGGUGCUAUAAGAUAGCUAUGCCAAAUGUAACAAGGAGCUCUAGUCCUUCAAUCAAUUUAAAAUGAAGCAUCACAAGUAAGUUUCCAAUAAUCUAUUCACAACCUAUGUCUAUUCAUUGUAUUUGGGAUGAUAAGAAGAGGUCAUUUGAAGCCGAAUCCCUUGCAACUUCAAUAACACAUGAUAAAGAGCUCUCAUGAAGCUCUUGUUGUGGUCAGAUAUAAUAGACAUAGGCAACGACCAUAUAGGCAAACAAUCUCCUUUGCAAAAUAUUAUGCUAUGUAUUGUGAUGUGAAUGGGUGUUUCAAUGGAAUAAAAUGAUAAUAUUUUUUUAGCAUAUCAACCACAACUAAAAUACCAUUGAAGCAAUUAGAUCAUGAUAAACCUUAAAAAAAAAUCCAUGACAGAGUCUUCUCAUACUUGAUGUAGAAUGGAUAAGGUCCUAUUAUGGUGGCAGAUAAGGUCUUGUACUAAGGUUUUUUGUUGUGCUACUUGACAUAGUAUAAUUAUUUUAUAAUUAAUCGUCAUUACUUUGGUGACCUAUGAUAAUUCAAAAUUAUUUUUUAACUAAUAUUAGUACAAUUUUAAAAAACCUUGAGUGUCCAUUUAAAUAGGAUGGAUUUAACCAAUCAUUUCUCAAUCAAGAAUGAUUGUAAGAAAUGAUUUUCUAGUAAUAAAAAUUUAGUAUAUUAGACAAAAACUUGUACAAAUAUUUUAUUUCAACAAUUCUCGUGAAAUGUCAUGCACUAAUCAUAAUGAUUUGACAUUAUAUUUUACAAAAUACUAGAACUAAAAUAUUAAUAUGAAAGUUUAGUUAGUAUACAAGAUGUAAACUAGAUAUAUAAAAUUUAAAUUAUUAUUUGUGAUCAUUUUAUACGAGAAAUAAUUUAACAACUAAUGCACUAUUCAAAUAGCCAUUCAGAAUUUUCUUAAUUUUAUUUAAUGUCAUUUGAGAAUUAUUCAUAUUCACGUUUUAUUUGAGACUAUUUAUAUAUAAUUUAGUUAUAAAAUUAUGAAUUGAUUUACUGAUGUAUUUACAAUUUCAUUUUACUAUUAGUAGAUUUUUAUCAAAUACUUCAGAACCAAAAAAUUAUGGUAUGCAAAUUAACGAGUAAUGGCUAAAAUUACUAUUUCAACCUUAAAUGAUGUAUUAUAUUAUUUUCCAACCACCCAAAUUUUUAAUUGUUUUUAACAUCCAACAAUGGCAUAAUAUAAGAAAAUGUUGCAUCUCUAAUGUCUCUAUAAAUUCAGCCUUUGUCCAAUGGCUAACCUCUCUUGAACAAUGAUCAUUGAUCUUUCCAAACUAUUAAAUUACUAUUUUCUUAAUUAAAAAAAUAAUUACAUUCAAUAUGAGUCAUUAUUGAAGCUUGGUCCAACAGCUAAAAGAUACUGAGUUGAAAAAAAAUUCUGAUCCAAUGGUGAUCUUCCUCAACAAUAUUAUAGUGCCAAUUUCUUCAGAAAUUAGAUAACUUCUCAAUGUGAAGAGGAAAAAGAAAAUCAAGUAUAAUUAAAUAGACCUCCAUUAAAUUUUUAUACAUGUUUCAAGUAUCCAUCAAAUUUUGAAAAAAAAUCACAAUAAUUAAUAUUUUAUUUAUAAUAUGUGAGAUAUAUUGAUGUUUAAGUCUAGGCUUAAUCACAUAAAAGGACUUGAUACCUAUAAUCAACUUUGUCCCACUUAGAGAUGUGAAUGUAGAUGAGAAUUUUUGGGAUAAAUUAUGUGCAAACUGAGCUUGAUGAUUUGUAGUUGUUGGCUAAAGGUUUGAUUUAGUUGAACCCAAGAAUAUGAUAUUUUUAAAAAGUGUACAUAUAUUUGAGCCAAAUCACUAUAAAAAUAUUUGAGUAUUCCCACUUUAGAUCUCAAAAUUCAAAACAAUUUAUAAUCAAAGUAACAAUAUCAAGAAAAUUAGAAUGAUUGAUUAAAGUUAAACUAGGAUAAGAUCAAUCCAAGUCCCCAUUUUUAGUUGAAGUGUGACUUUAAAUCUAACAUUAUUAUGAAUAUAAUUUAGAUUCAAUUUCUUGUAAGAUGAGAAAAGCUUAAAAAAUAAGUCAAUAAGUGUGUUCCUAUGAGGCUAAAGCCUAGAAAAGAAUGUCUAAUAAGACAUGCAAAUGAUAACAAAUUUUAUGCCUAGUGAUAACAAGUGCAUCAAAGGGUAAAAGGUGGGGGUAUGUGUAUUAGAAGUGCAUUUGCUCCUAAUGAAUUGUGUUCGGGUUUAGAGCAUUCUUAUUUUCCCUUCUUGCAUAGUGGGUUUGAUGCAAGAUGAAACACAAUAGAAAGCGAGAGAGAGAGAGAGAGAGAGAGAGAGAGAGAGAGAGAGAGAACAAGGUAGACACUAGACUUACAUGGUUGGAAGAAACUCUUAUGUCCAUGGUCAUAAAUAGAUUAAGGUUCCUUCUAAAAAUUGACCUUUAUAGCCAUUUGGUGCCAAAACACAUUUCACACCUUGGUUACAUGAGAUGGUUGAGGACCUUCCUCUUAAAUACAAGACCAUGGUAAAGUUUCAUGGAGAUAGAGGACAAAUAUUCCCCAAAAAUUAAAAAAAAUUUCUCAAGUACUUAUUGAAGAGCCCAAUGAAACCUCACAUGUCCCGAUAGGAGACCAAUCUCUUCAACUCCAACAUGAACCUCACUAGGCCUAAAGAAAUCUUUCGCGGUGAUUUUGCUGGCGAAAACAUGAAAAUAAAACAAAUGGGGCCAUAGAACUGGAUCCAUGUACUAGUUCAAGAGCCCAAUAAAGCCUAAUAUGGCCAAAUAAGAGAUCAAUCUCUACAACUCCAACGCGAAUGCCAUUAGGCCAAGAGAAAUCUUUCAAAUCAUUUUGCUGGCCAAAACAUGAACAUAGAAUGAGCUUUCAAACAAACUCAACCCCAUGAAAACUUAAACUCUUCAACUUUUGGGUAAGAUAAAUUUAAAUGAGAUAAAGACUAAAACAUUUACAUCUCUAGGUCUCUGUCUUUCAUCAAACAUCAACUUGAAUCUAAUCAUAAACAUGUUGUGUUCACAUGUUCCAAAGAUAUAAAUGAUUAUGCUCUUAACAUAUUUCAAUGUACAUCUAUAUUAUUACUUUUUAAUCUCCCUCAUAUUCCAUCCCCAUCUCACUUAAAUCCUAAAUAUUAAACUCUCUAACCUUGUUUUAUAUCCUAUCAUUUUCACUUCAGAUUCUAGCACAUCAUGGCAGAUGAUAACAUUACAUUUUUGUUAUUUCUAAGUGGUUCAUACUAUCAUUGUGACAUUCAUAAAAUCUCCAUCAUAAUGUAUUGUCACAUAUAUUUUUCAUUAGAUCACAUGUUUUUCUAAUCUUAGUUGAUGCUUUAAAUGUUUUAAAAUUAUGAUUUUCAGAAUCAAGUACAAAGAUACCCCAUCCCAUAUUUGGGAUGUCUCCAUCUUCAAUGUCCUCAUCAGAUAACAUAUCCACAUUUAAUUAAUAUCCAUCACCUUCUGGUACACAUAUAUAUAUACCAACUUCCAUAACCAAAUUCAACCAUAUGGUGUAUGCUAAAUCCAAUGCUUAUAAUUAAAUGCAAUCAACAAAAUAAUUCCCAAGUAAGUUCUCAAUCUACUACAAAAUUUUAAUAACUUUUUAUGUACUUUUGGUUGAAACCAAGGCACAUUUAUGAAGUUGAUCAGAAUUUGAAGUCUUAUAAAACUUUGGAUAAAUAUUAAAUGACCAUUUUCACAUAUCAUGUUUGAAAUUGAAGAGAAAUCAUGCUAAUAGUUAAAUGAAUAGAUAUAAGAUGUCUAUUAAAACAUGUAAGGUUAUAUUUUUCUUCAUUCUUUAUUCUCCAAAUGAUUAGGAGGAUCUCAAAAACACCUCUUUAGUUAUAAGAUUCAUGUUUGAAUUUGGCUCAUUGUAGAAAAUUCUCCUUUCAUAUAUAUAUACCAAGAAGAAAACUAAAUAACAUUAAUUGUAGCACCUACAUUUCAUAUUUCAUGAAAAUUUGGCUACAUUGCAUUAAUAUGAAAACACCUUAGUCAACUAAAAACAAGAGGGGGGGUUUUCUUGCAUACACGAGGUGGAAAAGGUGCGGAAUCAUAGGCCCAAUCUUAGUGUCACACAGUUAUCAUGUGAUCUUCUGAAGUUUGGCACAAUCUUUGUCGCAUGAAAUUGACUUCAAGAUAGAUCAAGCUGUACUUUAGUCUCCCUCAGCCCAUUGAUAUUAUUGAUCACAAAAUAAGACUUCCUUUUUGAGUAAAAUAAGAUUCACAAAAUAAACAUGCUGUUUAUGAAAAAUGAUCUUAAUUAUAAUAAUUAGCUUGUGACGUGAGACCUUAGGUUAUAAGCAAAGAUGAUAUAUUUCUGAGCAAUCUUCAUGUGGAGAACUUAGUGAAGGUUAACUAUAUAAAAAGUAUAUUUUUGGUAACAUAGGGAUUAUGAUAUGAAUAAGGGCAUAAAUAUUCGGGUUCAUUUACAUUAACGUCUAUGAAGUGAAGAAUAAGGCCCCUGAGAUAUUAUAUUCGGGUGCUCGCCUUUCAAAGAAAAGGCGUUAAUGGAAGCAUAAAUAUGUUUUUCAUUAAAUUUUUAAAAUGAGGGAAAUAUCUCCCUUUCUGGAUAGCAAUGGCUCACCCUCCGAGAAGGAUCCGAACCGUCCAUCCCCUUUCACGGAUCUCCUGGCGCAACGUGUUUAGUCCCAUAUGCCUCGUUCGGGUUCACGCGAUCCUUCCGUUCGGCCGCGUCUUUGUCGUCCUACCGACGGCUACGGGUCCUCGAUCCAGAUCCAACGGCACGGAAUGCGCCAUCCAGCGGACGGACGGUAAGUGA